AUGUCUUUUGGGGAAGAAAAAGAACUUGCUCAUGAAGACAAACUCUCUGUGUGCAGCAAACUAUGCUAUGGCAUUGGAGGGGCUCCAAAUCAGGUUGCGAGCAGUGCCACCUCAUUCUUUCUGCAAAUCUACCUCUUGGAUAUUGCUCAGAUCCCUCCAUUCCAGGCCUCCUUGGUGCAGGUCAUUGGCCGAGCAUGUGGAGCAGCUGCAGAUCCUCUUGCAGGCUUUUUUAUUAAUCGGAGCAAAACAACCAGAUUCGGGCAACUCAUGCCUUGGUUGUUGGGUUGCACACCAUUCACGAUUGUGUCCUAUAUCUUGAUGUGGUACUUACCUCCCUUCAUAUCAAACCGAAUUCUGUGGUAUCUGACUUUUUAUUGCCUUUUCCAAGCCCUGAGUACACUGUACCAGGUGCCAUAUUCUGCUCUCACCAUGUUUCUGAGCACAGAUCAAGCAGAUCGCGAUUCAGCAACUGCCUACCGAAUGGCAUUUGAAGUUCUUGGAACACUGAUUGGAGCUACGCUGCAUGGCCAGAUAGUUGCCGGUGCUCACACUUCUAGUCGCUGUAGCCAGAAUGAAACUAUUGGGCUGCAACAAAACAGCUCUGAAGUCAUAGAUGUGUCUUAUGGAAAAAAAGUCUACAUGAUUGCAGCUGGGCUGAUAGGAAGCAUCUACCUUGUCGGCAUCCUUUCCCUGUUCUUUGGAGUGAAAGAAAAAGUUGAUCCAUACACCUUAAUGCCAGACAAAAAAGUUCCUUUCUUUAAAGGACAAAAGCAUGCAAUGAAGCAUCAACCAUAUUUGAUAUUUACAGCAGCAUUUCUACUGAUUUUAACAGCGGUUCAGAUAGAACAAGGAAACUUUGUUCUCUUUUGUACUUAUGCAGCUGGUCUUCGCAGUCACUUUCAAAAUUUAGUGGUGAUUAUCUUGGUAUCAGCUACAGUGAGCGUCCCAUUCUGGCAAAGAUUUUUGAAACAUUUUGGCAAAAAAAAAGCAGCAUGUGGAAUAUCAUUGAUGAUUCCUUCUGUAAUCGUGCUGGUGACGAUCCCAAAUGUCUUUCUUGCCUACCUUGUUGCUUUUGUAUCUGGACUUAGCAUUGCAGCAUCUUUCCUCUUGCCGUGGUCUAUGCUGCCUGAUGUAGUUGACCACUUUCGAAUGCAGAACAUUCACUUAUCAGGGCAUGAAACUAUCUUUUAUUCGUCCUUCAUAUUUUUCACAAAGCUGUCAACUGGAAUUGGAAUGGGAAUUUCUUCCUUCAGUCUACAAUUCGUAGGCUACAAAUCAGGGAUGUGCGUACAGUCCACCCAUGUUGUCAUCACGCUGAAAAUCUUGGUUGGUGGAAUUCCAUCCAUCCUCAUCCUUUUAGGGUUAUUCAUACUCCUGUUUUACCCAAUCAAUGAGAAAAGUCAAAAGGAAGUGAAAUAUGCCUUUGAAAAUUCAAGGAGGAAUCAUGUGAAGACUGAAAACAUUGCUGAGGAAAGCAGUUGUGUUGGAAAGCCUGAAUAAAAAUAGAAGUCUAGUGCUAAUGAAAAUGCAACCAGAGGGCAGCACUUCAGCAUGCUUGAAGGCAUUUGUCUUAUUCCUCCAGUGUUUAUUCACCCAUAUACCAAGGCUGGUCUGAUCAGAAAGACGAUGCUUUGGAGCAUGGGCUUAGAGAGCCUGUAACAUCUGUACUGCUGGAUUACUAUGAAGCCUUGCACGAGCUAUGUAUAAGAUGCAAUAGGUGGUGCUCUCUUCUUUCAUAUAUUGUACCAGUACAUGUUAUAUUGAGGAGAAAAGCUGCCUGACGAGAUAAAAGCCGUGGUCUUGUGAGCGCUAUCCAUAAGCUGUUAACCAAGACAGUGUGGUUAGAGGGAAUUUCAACUAAUUAUAGGUUAUGGUUCCUACCAAAGGAAAUCCCAUAAUUUUUGUUAAUCACAGAAUUCUGUUUAUCAUCAAUACAUUGCCAUUUAAACUGCUGGCUUCAUCUGUGUUUUUUGUAUAGAUAUUU